AGCCCGGCGCCCCGAGGCGCCCCGCCGCCGCCGCCGAGCCGCAGCCGCAGCCGCGAUGACCCUGAGCGCGGGGAUGUGCGAAGCCGCGGGCCUGGCGGAGGAGACCGACAUCGACGUGGUGGGGGAGGACGAGGACGACGAGGAGGAGGACGACGACGAGGAGGACGACGACGAGGAGGAGGAGGGCGGCGGGUCCCGGCGGGCCGUCCCCGCACCGAGGCGGCGGCGGCGGCGGCGGCGCUCGUACGCCGGGGAGGACGAGCUGGAGGACGAGGACGACGAGGACGAGGAGCUGCUGCUGGCCCCGCGGGCGGCGGGAGGCUCCCCGGCGGCGGCGGCGGCGGCGGCGGGCGCGGGCCCGGCCGCGGGGAGCGGCGGCGGGGGCGGCGGCGGCGGCGGGAGCGGGGGCGGCGGCGCGGGCGCGGCCGGGGCCGGCGCGGCCGGCGGCGGCGGCGGCGGGAAGAACCCGCUGGUGAAGCCGCCCUACUCGUACAUCGCGCUCAUCACCAUGGCCAUCCUGCAGAGCCCCAAGAAGCGGCUGACGCUGAGCGAGAUCUGCGAGUUCAUCAGCGGCCGCUUCCCCUACUACCGCGAGAAGUUCCCCGCCUGGCAGAACAGCAUCCGCCACAACCUGUCGCUCAACGACUGCUUCGUCAAGAUCCCCCGCGAGCCGGGCAACCCGGGCAAGGGCAACUACUGGACGCUCGACCCCGAGUCCGCCGACAUGUUCGACAACGGCAGCUUCCUGCGCCGGAGGAAGCGCUUCAAGCGCCAGCCGCUGCUCCCGCCCCACGCCGCCGCCACAGCCGAGUCGCUGCUGCUGCGCGGCGCGGGCUCCGCGGGGGACCCGGCCGCCGCCGCCGCCGCCGCCGCCGCGCUCUUCCCGCCCGCGCCGCCCGCGCCGCCCCCGCCUCACGCCUACGCCUACGGCGCCUACGGCUGCGGCUACGGCCUGCCGCUGCCGCCCUACGCGCCCGCGCCCUCCGCGCUCUUCGCCGCCGCCGCCGCCGCCGCCGCGGCCGCCGCCUUCCACCCGCCCGCGCCGCCGCCCGCGCCGCCGCCCGCGCCGCCGCCGCCGCCCGCCGAGCUGGCCCGGACCGCCUUCGCCUACCGGCCGCCCCCGCUGGGCGCCGCGCGGCCCGGACCCCCGCCGGCCGCCGCCGCCGCCGCCAAGCCCGGCGUCCCCGCGCUGGCGCGCUCGCCCUUCUCCAUCGACAGCCUCAUCGGGGGCCGCCGGGGCCCCGCCGCCGCCGCCGCCGCGCCCCCCGCCGCGCCCCCCUCCGCGCCCGCCGCGCCCCGAGGCGGCGGGGCGGCCGUGGGGCCCGCCGCCGCCCUCACGCGCUCGCUCGUGGCCGCCGCCGCGGCCGCCGCCUCCUCCGUGUCGUCGUCGGCCGCGCUGGGGACGCUGCACCCCGGGGCCGCCCUGCCCGGCGCCGACAGCUUCACCGCCCGGAUUUCCAACUGCUGA